CAUCGUCUCCUCUCCUCCAUUCCGACCUGCCUGCUUCCCAAUUCGCAGACAAAGAUGACGAUCACGCAGAUCAUACUAUCUCUGGUUAUAGCUUCCAUUUCCUCAACCUCCAAUGUCUUAGCCGAUCAGAUCUUUCCAACUCAUCUAGUAGGAACGUUCAGCCGAAACAACCGCGAACCAAAGUACACGAUCCAGUAUCUUCCCGAAGAAUCACCGUUUCACCCGAGUGAUAAUCUGGAGGAGUCUAUGGUGAUGCUUGAUAAGCAAGGGAGACGAUUCUUAUGUUUCUUACCGAAGGAGGAGGAAGCUACUAGCGGAUGGACCUCUACUCAGCAGCAGAACGUUAGCACUGUGUUGAUGGAAACGGAUAAGCAGGUGAAGCUUAAGACUCCCGAUGAGUUGCUUCAGCCACUGGAUGAAAAAUGCCUUGUCAGGCAAGAGGGUUGGUGGUCGUAUGAGUUUUGUCAUCUAGGUUCGGUAAGGCAGCUACACAUUGAGGAUGGCACCAAGAUUGUCCAAGAGUUUUCCUUGGGUAAGUAUGACGCAGAGGCAACUGCUGCAUUUAAUCAAAAUGUGUCUGAUGUUUCUACAAUGAAAGAGAGGUAUCACUCUCAUAUAUACACCAAUGGGACCACCUGUGAUCUUACAGGAACUCCUCGUGAAGUUGAGGUGAGGUUUGUCUGCGCUGAAACGAGGGCAAUGGUCACAUCGAUCACUGAGCUAUCUACUUGCAAGUACGCAUUGACUGUUCAGUGCCCGACCUUGUGCAAGCAUCCGCUGUUUCAGCUAGAGAAACCAGUGUCACACACGAUCCACUGCAAUUUGAUCCCGUUGGAAGAAGAGGCAACAAGAAACGAGGAAGAACGAGUCGUAGGCGAAUCACCUACGGAUGUUGAUUCUUGAAAACCGCCUUACUGAAUCACAGGAGUAACUCAGUUAAACAGUGACUGUAUAUAUAAGAGCUAGUACAUCUCCAGUGUCGGUAUUAUAACUCGUUGAAGUGUUCUUAGUUAAGAACCGGUUUAGCUUACCGGUAGAAUGAUUAUACUCUCUUUGUAGCCUUUAGUUUGUUCAGUUUGAAGUUUGGAACCGGUUGAAUUUUCUUCUGUGAAACUGAUAAUGGAAUCACAUGUUCGUCUUGCAAUUGUUUGGUUUGGGUUUAUACUAAGUUCAAUACUUAAACAGAGAACACAACGCA